AUGUCCGAAGAAGAGGAGUCUAAGCGGGCGGACCGUGUGCGCGCUGAAGAUUUGUGGUUGGGCAGCGCGAAAAAGUUGAUUGUGCUUCCUGGUGCCUCGUCACAUGCUGCAUCAUUCCAAGUCGAAAGGGAAGACCACACUCUGGGCAAUGCUCUGCGUUACUUUGUCAACAAGAAUCCCGACGUUGAAUUCUGCGGUUAUACCAUUCCACAUCCUUCCGAGACAAAAAUGAACAUUCGAAUACAGACUUGGGAGGACACCGAGACAACAGCGGUCGACGCACUCAGAAAGGGACUGUUAGACAUGAUCGAUGCUUGCGAAGUGAUAUCAGAGAAAUUCUCCCAGGCGCGAGACGAAUUCAAUGCUUCAAAUUCAUGA